CUCAACGAGUGCGUUUUUUCGAAAAUGGUACUACUUGACGAAAAUGAAUGCUCCUUUGAAAAACGUAGCAGUUUUUUUUUCCCGUAAUAAAGAGAUCUAUACGAAAGAUCCAAGAUCAGAAGCCCGUCGGUGGAAUUUUUUCUAUGCUAAAAAUGAACCAAAUGCUAUUGCAUGGAACAAGACGAAGAUGAAAUGCUAAAUUGGAAGCAAAUUAUUGGAACAGCAACCCAUAACCCAAUGGAUGCUUACUUUAUGAUUUGCUGUCGAUCCAACUACAAAAUUUGAAUUUGCUUAUUCUUGUGGAAGUAGCGAUCUUCUUCUUGACAACAUUUGCUUGUAAAAAUAAUCUGUACAACUACAACUUUGCACCCUCUUGGCAUCUCUUUUGACAUCAGGACUGGUUUGUUGAAGCAGGAAAUAAGUUUGGAGAUCGUCUCUUCUAUCUGUAUAAAAAUAGACUCGGAUAUUCUAUUUCUAUACCCGCUUUCGAGUAACAGUAUACAUUUCUUGGAGUAAGAAGGAAUUCACAGUUAUGAACUAUGAUUUGUAAGUGAAAUUGAAUCGAGUGUGUCUACAAGAAUAAAGUACCACAAUUUGCUGACUUUUGUUGUAUACCAUCUUGAUCAAAAACGAACAUAUUGACAAAACAUCUAUCAAACAACGAAUAAACAAUAACUACAAGAAAAACCAAUCCUAUAUUCCAAAAAAACUUCUAUACUGUACGGCUACGGAUAAGAUAAAGAUUCAUAUAUUAUCCGGAAGAAGUCCUCGAACACGAGCUUCAAAUUCAAUCGCAGCAUCAAUACGAUUACCAAAGCCCAGAGAAUCGUUUCGCGAAAACUAAGCUAGCAGCCCGCCAGCAGCCAGCCCUUCCUCCAGGCCUUCGGGACGAGAGACGGGCGCAACACGCACCGCCGCUCUGUUUCUUCACGACAUUGUGACAAACAGAAAUUAUACCAAGACCAGCGGGACUAGGAGUCGCACGAGUGAAAAACAAGCCGGUGUCCACUGGUGAUCGGGGGAACUACCUCCUUCUUCGCGCAAGCGCUCAGCUGCUCGGGAGAGAGAGCCGCCGACCACCGAAUGUCAGCGGGUUUCGUCUGCUGGCAAAGAACGUACGCAAACAAGACCAACUGCAAAAUACGGGCCAGCACGUUUUUUCGUGCCGCGUGAAGCAAACUCCUGACAAGACCGGCUCUCCCGCCGUUCUUGACGAGAGCAGCCGGACGCCAUGGCGGCUGCGGCGGCGAGGAAGCUCCAGAAGGAGAUCGAAAUGACCUUGAAAAAGGUCGACGAUGGGAUAAUAGAGUUUGACACCGUCUGGGACGACGCGAACAGCAGUUCGAACCAGUCGAACAAAGAGAAACUCGGCGAGGAGUUGAAAAAGGCGAUAAACAAGCUGCAGCGGUUUCGUGUGCAGAUCCGAGAAUGGAUCGGCAUGUCCGAGGUGAAAAACAAGGACAAGCUGGAGUCGGCAAGGAAGCGAAUCGAGUUCAAUAUGCAGCGAUUCAAGGAGUUUGAGCGCGAGCUGAAAACAAAAGCAUACUCAACUUUCGCCCUGGCAAAGGACGAAGAGGAGGACUUAGACACUCAGGAAAAACGCGACGCAGAAGAUUGGCUUCGAAAACAGCUUGGUACUCUGCUGAUUUUUCACAUCAUUUUUGUUUUUGUCGAUUUCCCUUUUGUAGUUGCAGCGGUCUACUACAUGCAAAAAUGCAGGAAUGGGAAGCCCUACUUCUACUUCUAGAAAAAAAUCAACAACAAAUAAAUCAAAUUUUACAGAUGGGCUCAAUGAGGGCAUUGAAAUGUUUGAGGCCGACAUCGAAUCUGUCCUGUCCAAGAAAAAUCCAUCAGCCAGAGAAAAGGACGAAGCCGAAGAGUAGAAUAGAUACUUUUUUUUUUCUGUUGCUUUUUGAUUUUGCUUUCGCGUAGUGAGUGACUAGAUUUACGGGGCUGCAUAAGGAGAAGGUCAGAGAAUUUGGGCUAGGAGAACGCGUUUUUUGUGGCAAGAUAUUGCCGACGUGAAUAACGCUGAAAUCAACUACAACUACUUCAGGAAGCGACGUUUCAAGGAGCGGCACGAAUGGCACAUCGGAAAACUGGAGUGUCUCUUGCGUGCGUGCGACAAUGAUACUCUUGACCUGUCGGAACUCGCGGUCAUCAAGGAAAGUGUGGAGUACUACUUGGAAUGCGGCACAGAAGCAGAUUACUACCACGACGAGGCGCUCUACGACAACUUCGACAUAGACGCGUACUUGAUAAAGUUUAUUCAGUUUUGUUUGAUAAUGAUGACGACGGCGACUGCAAGCCAAGUUUUUUUCUCCGUCACACGCACAGCGAAGGAUUCAUUGCAAGACCACUACUUUUUUCUCGCAACGUAUUUUUCAUUUCUUUCUCCACGUUGCUUGACAGAUACGCUGCAGAGCAGGAGGUGGCACAAUCGAAGAAGGCCCUCCUCGCCGAUAAGGACUCUGAAGUAGCGGAGAAGUGUAUGCUCGGCGGCUCGGACAAGAAGGCAAAGGCAAAAAAGGCCGCCGCAGCAAAAAAAGUGUCGCAUAACCCCGCAGCGCAAAAGAACUUGGGAAAGGACCUGGAAAAAAAGAAGCGGGUUAUCGGGGAGGACGGGGAGCAGAAAAUAAGCGAGGACCAGCUCGUGCAGGAGGCAGAGGAGUUUAUCUGCAAGAUCUGCUAUGUGCACGUGGUUGGCUGCAGUCCGAAACUCACCAAAUGCUCGCACUUAUUCUGCGGCGAUUGCCUCGGCCAGUGGUUUGACCAGCACCCGGAAAUCCAAACCUGGGCGCAACGAGCAAAAACCGCGGGGGAUGUGCUCGCACGUACUUGGAUUGAUUUAUUUCGGAAACUUUGCUUAGCCUAGUCCUCGAGGGUGCUGCUUUUCUUUUGUCGCGUACUCGAAGAAGGAACUCCAGUGACUUUCAGAACUGCAGAGCUGAGCAAUUGAUACUGAACGAGUAAACUUGUAAAACAUUGGCAUCAACAUUGUUUAAAAAAGAUAAAGACACACCAAAAGCAAAACCAAAUUUGAAUCCCCAAACAAAACCACAGACAAAGUUCCGUGUCCUGUGUGUAAGACACCACUAAACGACCCGUUGGACCUCUACCCCAUCGGCCCAGCCGCAACCCAGUCCGAGCACGUGCUGCUUUGGCGGAUGCUAUCCAGCUUGAAAGUGAUGUGCGCAAAUCAUCCGAAGGUACUUACUUGUCAUUUUGCUGUUGUUUUGGGGGAGCGGAGCCCAAGAUGAUGACGAGGAAAAGAAUGAAGUGCAUCGCAAAUGAUACGAAAUAAAUUGAUUUUCUCUAAAUAUGAAUAUCAGGUCGAAAAGGGUAAAACGUGCGAGUGGAUCGGGGAGUACCAGCACUACCAGACACACAUACAGAAUUGUAAGGGCGAGACGCAGCCGAUCUGCAUGCCUGCUCCGCCAGCAAACACGAAACAGGUGGUCAAGUCCCCGGAACCAAAGCCCGUGGCGAAUAGCAAGAAUAGCUCAACGGCGAAGCAGCCCUCGGCGCCGCCUGCUCCAACUCCCGCGAUCGAGCCACCAGCACCUGCUCCAACUCCCGCGACCGAGCCACCAGCUUCCGGGCCGCCGCCAGGAAUCCAGCCGACCGCCCCCACCCCCGCGGCGCCGGCCACCAGCAGUGCGCCCACAAAGAGCACGAAAGCAGCAACUACGAAAACGAAGAACAAACAGCCCCCCGCACCCGCGGCGGCGGCACCCGUUGUUGUGCCCGCGCUACCGACGCCUGCACCCACGGAAGCUGCGCCCAAGGAGUUACAUCUACCCAUCACCAGUACCAACGGAACCUCAACCAACGAUCUACCCCAAAAACCCGCGCAGGUUCCAAAGCCUGUGCAGCAUCAGCCACCGGUAUUUCCUCCUGAUCCUUGUUUACUGAUGCACUACGUUAAGUUGAUGUAUCUCGCCCACCUAGAGGUAGAAGAAGCGACUACACGACACACGUUGAUUGGCUUGAUGAUGUUCUUGAUGGCACGACCAAGCAAAACCAAAAGACUUUUGUCGUACUAUGUAUACUAAACUUACUUUGGAAGCUGCAUAUCGAUGGAUGCUGAACAUUUGCUGAGUUCCUUGAUAUAAUGAAAAUAGGCUGAAACCAACAUAAAUCGACAGGCACCCCCCGCGAUUUCGCAACAUCAGCAGACAAAUGUGACCGUGAAUGUGACGGUGGUUAACUCCAACGGGCAGUCCACAACGCAACAGGUCCACACGACGACGCACCAAGAGCAACGAACGACGCAGCCCGCACCAGGUAUUAUUAUUAAGCAAUCUCGCCGUCGUAGUCGUGGUCGCAGGAUAAAACUGCAGGGAAAGCACGGCACGCGAGUCGCAUGAAUUAAGUAGAUUUUUGAGGUUUCCCUUCUGUCCCCGAUACGUGAUUCCUCGCGGCUAGCAAGUAUAACUUCCCGGAGCUGUGCGACGAGCCAUAGUGAUUUUUUGCUGCCCAUUGUCGAUGAAGCGAUGCUGCAAAAAUACAGAAAUCAUUCGCAAUGGAUACGAAACUUUAAAACAGCUCCCUCGGAUACCAAGGGCGGCGGAAAUCGAGGAACCCGCGAUACGGCGGAAAAAGGGAUCGCCACAUCCCGCUUCGAACCGCGCGGCGAAAACACAAUUGACAUAGAGGUUGGGCAGUCACUGCAGAUUAUCGAGGAGCACACCACUGGGUGGACCUAUGUGAGGAAUGAAGCUACAGGGAUCUCCGGCUGGGUACCCGCCUGGGUCGUGCAGCGCGUGCCACCAGUCCCCGAGCCAUCAAAGGUAGCAGAUACUUCAGCGUCAUCGAUGACACUUUACUUUUGUGCUUACCCCUUGCUAAACAAAAAGACACUAAGCGCACGCACGGAUGGAUCUUCUGAAAAUGAAUUGAAAAAAUCGAAGUCGUCGUCGUCCAAUCGCCAAAAAAAAAAAACAGCAUCCGCACAUGCCAGCGCUCGCACCAUUCGACAGGAGUUCAGAGAAUGAACUCAGCGUCCAGAAGGUAUAUAAGUAUUUAUAUUUUUCCAUAGCGCUUUUCAUUCCGCCCACUUCUCCACGUCUGUUAUCUUGCUUUUCGUCCUACAUACUCCGCUUCGCAUGGAUGCAUUUGCAAGCGCAAGAGACUGAGCAAACAAGAUUCGGCAUAUUUCAACAUCGAAAUUUACCAAUUAAUUUGACAGGGCGAAUGGAUCGAAGUAGUAGAGCGGCACGAAACUGGCUGGACUUUCGGGCGCAUCAAGCGGAGCGACAAAUUCUCGGAGGAGGGGUGGUUUCCCGAUUGGGUCAUCCAAAGCAGGGCGCCAUAACGCUUUGCCGUGGCUCCUGCUGGCGAUGAAUUCCUUAAAGUUCGCAAGGGCAACUUCGCGAACUCGUAUGUUUAUUCGCUGGUAUGAGACGCAGGAUAAAGAUAAACCGACGAUUUGAUCAUAACACACAACAUCUAUACUAUCGAAACUGACAAAUUUAGUCCGCAAAUCUAUGGUUUGCUGACGAAGUGGCAUCCUGAUGCUGCAGACCGACACAGUUUAAAUCCGAUAUGAGACUUCAAGCGAUGAUAUCAGUUGUAGCAGACUGAGGAGACCCCUUUUCGACCACACAGAUCUUGUUUUUCCCAAGAUUCUACUCUGUUCUUCUCUUCUACCCUUUCGAGAGGAAAGUAGAGAAUCUGCCCCCGGGAAAGAAGAUCUGGUCGAAAAAUGAGACGAUGAUGAACAUAUUUGGCAUGAU